CAUGGUUCUGGACAAGAAGAGCUCCGCCCGGGUGGAGGCCGGUCAGCGUAGAGUUCUGGAUGAGGCGACCCGGCAGCGGAGGCUGACCCGGCAGCUGGAGGCCCUGGAGAAGGACAACUUCCAGGACGACCCACUGUCCUCACUGCCCCCCCCAGGUCCGACUGCCCGUCUUCCUGCCUUCAGUGAGACAGAAGAGCCAGAGAGGAAGAAGAGGAAGACCAGAGGGGACCACUUCAAGCAGCGUUUCAGGAAGAACUUCACCACUCUGCUGGAGGAGGAGAAUCUUUCAGAGAGCCCAGAACCCAACUAUCUGUCUGCUGUGGCCCCGCCCUCCUCGCUGCCCCCCCGCCACUUCUGCUGCGUGUGUGGUUUUCCCUCCCACUACACCUGUACCACCUGUGGAGGGCGCUACUGCAGCAGCAAGUGCCUGAUCACACACAGAGAGACCAGGUGUUUGAAGUGGACGCUCUGAUCACCACGGUAACGAGGAAGCUCGUUCUGUUUUCUGUAACAGCUGUGGACUUCCAGGACCACCAUCAGGUCCAGUGGAUCAGAACCAGACUCCUGGGUUCUCCUCCAGAACCAGCAGCAGUAGCAUGUAGAACUCUUUCUUUAAUAAAGUCUUUCAGUUGUGAA